UACUUUCAGGUAACAUGAAAAAAGAACUCCAUGGCCCCCACUCAUGAGACCUUAACAACUAUAUAAACCAUCUCAACCCUUCUGCAAAAUCACCAACUGCAUAACAAUCUCUUGUACUACUCUUGGGUGCUACAAAUUUUUUUGCUUCGAGCCUUCGUCUUCUUUAGAUAUCAAGACAGGAAAAAUGAGCAGGGAAGGAGAUUGGAUGUGUAAUUCUUGCCAACACAUGAACUUCAAAAAACGGGACACAUGCCAACGAUGCCAGUGCCCUAAAUUUGGUGGCGGGACUAAUGUGUCGUAUGGAGUAAACAGGCCAGAAGUCUUGGCUGGUGACUGGUACUGCAACGCCAUGAACUGUGGAGCACACAAUUAUGCAAGCCGGACAAGCUGCUAUAGAUGUGCAGCAGCGAAAAAUGAUUAUUGUGCGUAUGGGGGCGGCAUGAUGGCCUCAGGAGCUUAUGCCUAUGGAGGCAGUGCUGAUAUACCUGGAUGGAAAACUGGUGACUGGAUUUGCAACAACUUGGGAUGUGGCUUGCACAACUAUGCUAGUAGGAUGGAAUGCUACAAAUGCAAAAAGCCAAGGGAUUUUUGAUGAUGCAGUCCAAGGAAAAUGAAUAAGAGAGAUUAUUAAAUGUAGCAGCCUCCCAAGUUCCGUGCCCCUGCGAUCUUCCAUUAGCAUAUUUCCUUUUUCUUUCCUUCCUUUUUUAGUGUGUGUGUGUGUGUGUGUGUGUGCGUGUGUGUGAGUGGAACUUUUGGCUCCUCCACACCCCAUCCUCCUUUUAUGAUAAUAAGAUUUACAUUCAUGGUUGAUAACCUAUUUUCACAAGCAGAGCAAUGUAAUUGCCCCAUAAAGGGUUUCUAACUUUCUUAGAAGGUGCAAGGUGUUCUUACAUGAAGCUAAUGAGAUCCCAUUAUUUUUUUUCUC